UUGUUCCCCAUGGCAACCUAAGGCGGUAGGUGUGUGAUUGCUUUUACCCUUAGCAUUGUAAAACACCAACCGAUGUCCGCUAAGGUCUGGAGCUCUGUCACAACAUCAGUGGAUAGUUUAUCUAACUUAUUAUGCAUGCAUGGUUUAACAUAGUUUACAUAAGUACACACGCUGUAUCGUACUCUAUUUUAGGGUGCUUUUUGGUUAGCGAUGGAACUCGAGCAGCUAAGGUCUAAUUGUCAAUUACAUUCCGUGGUAGAUCUAUUGUCAUAAUUAUUAUGUCGUGAAUAUAAUUAUGGCUUGCAGGCUAUAUGAAACAAUGCAAGUAAAAUUUUACUAUUGUCUAUAGCUAUCAAGAUUGUAAGAUGAAUUUCACCUCCAUCCUUUGGCCUUUGCUCUUUUUUAUUUGGAUAUCUGUUUCAUUGUCUUCAUCUCAAAGCGGUGUAUGCUACACAAUAACUUCUCAACAAAGGACGGUUGUUGCCUACAACACCAGGAGUCAGAAACAUCAUUAUCAAUGUGGCUCAUGGCUACGUCGUCGCCGCCGCUGUGAAAGUUACAGUACAGUCCAAUUCAGUUUUGAGAGGCUCCAAACGUUUUACAUGCAAAACAGUGUAUGCUGUCGUGGUUUCACUGAAGUCCGAGGCAGAUGUACACGGCCAAUUAUGCUGACUCCGAAUUAUGGUCACUUGUUUGGAGGGACUCCUGUUCUGGUCUCUGGUCCAUACUUUACUACCACUGACAACAUUACCUGCCAGUUUGGAGAUGUUACCAUGGCAGCUAUGUAUAUCAAUGAAGGAGAAGUUUUGUGCGUAUCUCCGAGGCUUGAGAAAAUUGGGGAAACACCGUUUAUUGUGUACGUGGUUGCCAGUGAUGGAGUCACCUCUCGGUUUGAUUCCACCUUUAACACAAUCUCUCCCGAUCGUGCUCAUGUGGUGGACAUUAGCUCUCCAACUGUUAUGCUCCAGCCCAUCAGUGCUGCCACCAUAACAUGGACUCCCGAGGACAUCACCCCGAGCCAUCUACCAGCAACCACAAAUGUGAAUAUCGAUAUUACAUUAUACAAACAGGAGUACACACAGAUUGAGAGAGAGUGGAAAGUUAACUGGGAAAGUGCUACUGUUUUGGCAUUGAGUGUACCAGUUGAAGAUCGUGAAGCUCAAGUAUUCAUUCCACCGCUGGCUCUGAACUGCAGACUACCAUUACAUGAUAACACACGAUAUGUGGACGUUGGACUAUGCCCUGUGAUCGUGAAGGUAUCAAUUAGUGAUAACAGCAACGUUAAUAGUGAUUCAAUCUCACUCCCCGAUUCUAUUGGUACUUGGUCAGGAAUGAUGUACAUGGAGUCAAGUUUUCCAGAACCUAAUUUACGUGCCAUAUGUGAUCGCUGGGGUGAUUAUGAAAUGGAUUCCAGUGUAACUGGUCCGAAUUUACUUCAACAAGUAAUUCCCUGUCCACCAACAGAGGCAGCUGCUAGAAACGAUCGUGCUUUUGAAGAAGAAAAAAUAACUUCUCUUUACAGAGCAACCAGUUACUCGCAAAAAACAAUGGUAUUCUUUCAUCCUGGUGUUACAUCUUGCUAUCGACAAUUUACACCAAACUCUGACGGUGUUGGACAGCAGUGCUGCUACAGACCAAGUGGUAGCCUACUCAGAGGGGAACCUUCAGGAGGAAGUAUUGACAUUAUGUCUCCGAAAAUUGACUACAACAGACAUCUCUCCGAUGACAUCAUCCCCUUCAUUUAUUGCUGCAAGGGCCAGAAUGAGCGAACGAAUUGCAACGAGUACUAUCAAUGGAGGCCUUCAGGCCUGGAGGCUCAGUAUCGAUUGCCAGUGCCAGCUUGUAUCUAUGGGGAUCCACACAUAAUCACCUUGGAUGGCCUCAAAUACACAUUUAAUGGCAAGGGAGAGUUCACGAUGAUUGAGACAAGUGACAACUCCUUCACACUUCAAGGAAGAAUGGACACUAUUCUUAACUCUGACGGCACCCCCACUCCAGGAACUGUGUUCACUGCUCUUGUGGCAAGAGAAGAAAACCAUAAUACCACCGUGCAAUUUAAUCUCCAGGAGAAUGUGAUACGAAUUCGAGUGAAUCAUAGGGUAGUUAAUUUGGCUGGUAUUUCAGAAUUGAUCAAGGACAAUGUGACUGUCACAGAAAAUGGGAACAGUACAAUUAGUGCGUUUUUCAAAGGAGGAGCCAAGAUGGAGAUUAAGGUUGAGAAUGGAAUCAUCUCAGUCAUGUUGAUCACUCUGCCAAGCUAUCUGAAAGGGGAGACCCGAGGACUGAUGGGCACUUUCAAUGAAGAUACGAGUGAUGACUUGGUUCCAAAAUCUGAAGAAAAGGCGAUUCCUUCUAAUUCUUCGCUAGAAAACAUUCAUUACAUGUUUGGAAUGACAUGGAUACUAAAGUCAGUAAAUGAGAGCCUCUUCACUUACAAUGCCCAAGAAAAUUUCGCACAUUUCUAUGAUCCAAAUUUCAACCCAGUAUUUGAAACCGCCUUCAAGAACGCAGAUCUUGAAGACAAGGCGAGAGAAGUUUGUGGAAAUGAUGAGUACUGUCUCUUUGACAUAGCGGCUACUAACAAUGUGGAGAUAGGAAAAGCCACAAUGCGAGGAGUGGAGAGCUUUGACAAUAUUGUAGUAAUGUCUGCUCCAGUUGAGUGUGAUCCUCCCUGUGUGAAUGGAGCUUGCGUUCAGAAUAACAAUUGCAGUUGCAGUGAAGGAUAUGACGGAGACACAUGUGAUAUUGCAGUGAUGUCAAGGUGCGAUACAAAUAUCUGCCAAAACAAUGGAAGUUGUGUGAAGCAUGUACUAACAGUGACAUGUGACUGUCCAGAAGGAUUUAUUGGAUCCUUCUGCCAAGAUAAAGAGCCACCAUUCCAUAUUACGUUGGUGAAUGGCAGUCCCAGAGUUAGUGAUCAAACUCUUUAUGCUGAUUUUGUAGCAAGUAUGCCCAUUAAGUCUGCUGAGUGUCUUCUCAUUGGUGGAAGAAAAAUUGAUUGUACCAAUGGAAAUGUGCAAUACAACAACGUUCCUACUGGUUCCUUUGUUCUUCUUAUUCAAGUUAUAUCGAUGUCUGGGGAGCGAACCACAGUUAGAAGGACUGUGCAUGUUGGAGAGAGUGGCGAUGAACAGUUCUGUGCUGUCCACUUGAUCAACGAGGGAGUGACUGUUGACCAAAGGUCUGCCUCUAUCUUCUUUAGAGGAACCGAGGCGGUGAAAUCCUACCUCUGUAGACUGAGUGAUCCAGACAUUACUAAUUCUGACUUUACAACAUGUCGAAGUCCGAUUCGUUAUCAAGACUUGAAAGUUGGUGAAUAUCGGUUUCAAGUGCUUCCUAUUGGCUGUGGCACUCGACGAAAGAAACUCUCUCUGAAGUUUGAAGUUUACUAGAGAUAAUGUAUACACAACCACAAUUCAUGCAUACAUAAUACAUUGAGACCGAUACUUUUACUAUCCUUUUAUGUAUUUAUGAUCGAUCUUUAAUUAUUGUGCAUGCACUGGUUCAAAAUAUUGUGCCUCA